AUGCACCUUGUUAGUUCGUUCGUCGAAAUCGAUGGUCGGACGGCCAACUUUCAAUAUGGUGCGCAAGGAAGAAGGAAGAAGAAGAAGAAAGGAGGAAGAAUAAUGAUGGAGGGUAUUUUGGCGGGUGAAGUUGCUGGUGCUAUAUGUUCUUGUCAAAACUAUGUCGUUUCUUUUGCUUGGCCUUUUAGGUCUGUAAUGUGUGUUGAUAAUCUUACAUGGUAUCGGAGCAAAGAUCGUCUGGUGCUGAACUUCUGCAACUUUCAUCUUCGUUUUCAUCUCAGUUUCUCAAACGAAUCCAGAAAAUCCAACAACCAUCAGUCUGCCCAUCUUUGCAACAGAACCUCUGUGAAAAAGGGGUAUGACAAGGGUGUUGUUGAUGAGGAUAAAAAAAAGGAGACUGAAAAGGAGAAUGUUGUGAUGAAGGACAUAGAAAAGAACAAUACAACUCUUUUCGUUAUUCAAACCACUGUGGCUGAAGUAAUUUUUCCACGUAUAUCUAAUGCUAACUAUGCAAAACAGGCUUGGGAUAUUCUUAGCACCGAGUAUCAAGGAAACUCCAAGGUACGGGUUGUCAAACUCCAUAAUCUUUGUAGAGAGUUGAUGAAUUUAUUGAUGAAGGAAGGUGAGCUUAUAAAAGACUAUUAUACUAGAGUUAUGGAUGUUGUGAAUCAUCUACGAAUUUGUGGUGAGGAAAUGCCUAACAGGAGGGUGAUAGAGAAGAUUCUUAUCGAUUUAACUCCAAAAUAUAACAACAUAGUGACCAUAGUGGAAGAAACAAAAGAUCUUGAGAAUAUGACUGUCAGUGACUUAAUUGGCUCAUUAGAGGCUCAUGAGACUUGGGUAAAGAUAGAGGGCCUCCACGUUGAUGCUAUGGAAAGUGCUUAUCAAAUGAGGAUGACUUAA